AGUCGCCGAUCUCUUCGAUCGAAAUCGACCCUUUCUUUCGUGAGCAGCAAGAAUCUUCAAAUUUUGGUGAAACGCACGCAGAACGCGUCCGUAGUCUAAAGCGGUGCUUCGCUCCUCGUCUUUGCAAGGGUGAACGGAAGUGAGAUACGCACGUCAUUUUUCGAGUGUAUAAUAUAAUAGAAGAAAAAGGCCGCAAACAAUCUCGGGCUACGUUUCCGGAACGUAAUCUACCCGAUCGUUUAUAUAGAGAAGUAUCAGCUGAAAAUAUCACAUGGCGUUGAUUUUGAGAAAACCACGCGCUUUGACAAUCCUCGUACAGACUUGUAUCGUCAUGUUAAUCGUCUGCUCCGUCGGAUGCGCGGCCGGAUCUUGUCUAAGCUAUGGACACUCCUGUUGGGGAGCACACGGGAAGCGCAGCGAUGUCCAAGGUGUGCCCACCGUGCGCUUCUUGGCGGCGAAGACUCUGCUGAACGGAUCCCCGCAAAAUGGUAUCGCGCCCUCAUUCAAAACGCAAUGGAUUCUGUCUCGUUUAAUCGCCGGCCAGCCUAUAUUACCGUUGACGGAUAAAUAUCGCGUUAGAUGGGGUAACUUCCCUAAGGAAAAGUCAUACGUUCCACCGAAGUGGAACCAUGAUGUGGCACCGAUGACUGACGAAGGCAUUGAGUCGAUCAGAAUUCCAAUAAACAACGAACACGAAGAUAAUGAAAGGAGAAUUAGCAACACACAAGGUAUAAAGCGUAAUACGAAUGAUAAAUUUGAAAACAAUCGAGAAAUCUUCCUAAUUUCACCUGGUGAAUACGAUAAGGCAAUUAACGACCCUCAAAAGUUAGAUAUACUCAAGUUUCUGAAGGAGGGAAAUGGAGAUACGAAAUAAACAGGAUAUAAAAGACUGCAAACUAUUGCGACGAAAAACAGUUUGAAAAGAACAGGUCUUACUAUUGAAGUAAUAAUGUAAUAAUUCUCUGUAAAGAAACAUGUGUACGUGUUUUCGUAUUAAAUUUCAAUUUGAUUUGGUGUUCCCUAUCUGUAUUAUACAAAUUCUCACUGAGGAAACGUUAUAUUCGUCUCUAGUGAAACUUUCGAUGAUAUAGCGAUUUUGUUGUAAUCGCAAUUGCGUGAAAUAUCCAACAGUAACAAUUUCACCGAUUACUACAGCAUUCCGAUUCAUCUAGCGAGACUGUAUCUGUAUAUCUACUACUAUAGAAUGAUUAUCUGUGUGAAAUUAGAUGCUUUUUAUCCUAAUUCCUCCUAAUCUGUAAAUCUUAACAAAUAAACAUGAAACCUA